UUGGUUACAUCUGUGCAGAAUGACAAUUACUGCACCUUUUUCCAACCACCUUCUCCACGCUGCUCACGUUCCCCACGCCUCAGACCACCCUGCUUCUUCAUCCCAAAGUACCCCAAGCCCCUUGCCUUCAAGAAGGGGCGUCUGGGACUCGGUGUCCCAUCUCCUCGCUUGGCUGCCACUCUCCCAGGCGAGGACAUCCGUCGUGUUUUCUGCGUGACUGCAGCACUCAGACCAGCACUCAGCGCUCACAGGGAGUACUGCCCAGUUCCUGCCUGGAGGGCCCACCGUCCAGUGGAAAAGCAAGCCAACAGACAAAGCGUGAUCAGCCUGGGAUUCUGUGACUUGUAGGGUACUACGCGAGCAAGGACCAAGCAGGCCUCCUCUCCAGGACACCUAACAGGUUUUCUGAGGAACAACCUACAGAGGCCACCGGAGCCCCAGGGAAGUGGCCCAGUGCAGGGAGGAGACAGCGGGGGCCCCUUUCUCUGCUCAUGGGGUCACAUGGGCCCUGGACCCCAGGAACCGCAGUCGCCUCCGAGGCCACCAGCACUCAGAGGUGGGACCUCUGGGCCUCUCCUGCCUGGGACUCUGGCUGGGACAGAGGGAACCAUCCCGGGCUGACUGGAUCUUCAGGACAUCCGGGACGUUGAGCUGUCCUGGGCAUCAGGGACCCGUUACGGAGGCUCAGCCAGGUCCAUCGGUCUGGACAGUGGCCACCAGCGUGGCCCUCCUGUGGGCAAGGCCACAGGCACUCAGGACUCCACUCUGGGCUCAGCUCACAGGCUCUGACUCAGAGCCAGACCUUCUCACUUUCCCAGACUCCUUGAAUCACGUCGCACUGGAACGACUGGCUCAGCAUUCCACAGUAAGUCAACAAAUGUGCACUGAGAUGCCACACACCGUGGACCAGAGGGCACGGGCCCUCACGCACGGGUUCCGCUCAAAUUAACAGAAUCCAGGCUCCCAGUAUGAACGCAGAACGUCUCAGCCGAGCAGAAAUGAGAAGAAAAGAUCAUUACUCUGCAUGAAAUAAGCCAGAUGCAGAAAGACAAACAGUGCAGACUCCACUCGUGUGAGAUGAGAUGGACCAAACCCCCCCAGUGCGCUCCGAAUAUCUGGUCUCAGGGAUUCGAACUCCCCCCGUGAGGAGAAACAGCAAACUGGCCACCCUGGGCAGAAUCUUCAAACCCUGGAAAUGGAGGAAAAAGAAAAAUGAAAAAUUGAAGCAGACGACGUCCGCCUUGGAGAAGAAGAUGGCCAGCAGGCAAGGUCGGGAGGACCUCAUCAAGAAGGGGCUCCUGGAGAUGAUGGAGCAAGACGCUGAGAGCAAAGCGUGCAGCCCCGACGGAGAUCCCCGAGUUGCACAGAGUGAACCUUCCACGCCCAAGCAGGAGCCGCUGACCUCGGAGGAAGCCCAGCUGGGGAGCCCUUUGGCCACUGGGACGGACCAGGCUUCCCUGGAUGAGACGCUGUCCUCGGACACCCCUUCAGACGAUGCAGCCAAGAUGUCGUCAGCAUCCAGAGAUGAAGAAGCAGGUGCUGCUGGCAGCCUCCCACCUACCACGGACGAGCCCUCUCAAGCCUUAGCUGGGUCCGACUCCCUGGACAGUCCUCCCAGACCCCUGGAGAGAUCCGUGGGCCAGCUCCCCAGCCCCCCGCUGCUGCCCACCCCACCGCCCAAGGCAGGCUCCAGAACCACGAGAAGUGUCACAGGCCAGACCACGCUCUUCCAAGGCUCUGGCGGGAAGAGUACUGACCCUCCUCUCCGAGGCCAGCUUUCCACGCCCACGGGGUCCCCACAUCUCACCACCGUCCACCGGCCGCUGCCCCCCAGCCGAGUCAUCGAGGAGCUGCACAGGGCGCUGGCCACCAAGCACCGCCAGGACAGUUUCCAAGGCAGGGACAGUAAGGGGUCCCCGAAGAAGCGUGUGGACGUCCGGCUGUCGAGGACGUGCAGUGUGGAGCGGGGCAAGGAGCGGGAGGAGGCUUGGAGCUUUGAUGGAGCCUCGGACGGCAAGUGGACCGUGGCUAAGGAGUCCGAGGAGAACAAGGAGAACUUGAUCAUGAACUCCGAACUCAAGGAUGACCUGCUUUUGUAUCAAGAUGAAGAGGCCCUGAAUGACUCCAUCAUCUCUGGAACGCUGCCGAGGAAAUGCAAGAAGGAGCUCCUGGCAGUGAAACUGAGGAACCGGCCCAGCAAGCAGGAACUGGAAGACCGCAAUAUCUUCCCCAGGAGGACGGCUGAAGAGAGGCAGGAGAUCCGGCAGCAGAUUGAAAUGAAACUCUCCAAACGGCUGAGCCAAAGACCCGCCGUGGAAGAACUGGAGAGAAGAAACAUCUUGAAACAAAGGAAUGACCAGACAGAGCAGGAGGAAAGAAGAGAAAUCAAGCAGAGAUUGACAAGAAAGCUUAAUCAGAGACCCACGGUUGAUGAACUGAGAGACAGAAAAAUUCUGAUACGGUUCAGUGACUAUGUGGAGGUGGCGAAAGCACAGGAUUACGACAGACGGGCAGACAAACCCUGGACAAGACUGUCGGCAGCAGAUAAGGCAGCAAUUCGUAAAGAACUGAAUGAAUACAAAAGUAAUGAAAUGGAGGUACAUGCAUCAAGCAAGCAUCUGACAAGAUUCCACAGGCCAUAGAGAUUUUCUUCUGAGAAGAAUUGUGUUUAAUUUUUUGAUACCAACACUGAACAUUCAUCAGGGAACUUUCCUGAAGUUCAGCUCACGACCCCCUGCUGUGUUUGUGCGAGGAGCAGGACCACACACACAGGUGAAAUCUUGGCCACACUCACCUGUAAGAGGACCAGCAGAGGACACUCUUCACUCUCUGGUGUCUGAGGAGUGUGAACUGCUGGGGUCAGUAAAGACCCCAAGUAACUCGACCAGAAGAAAACUGUUGUUUGCCUUCCCGCCUUGUUUUGCAGUUCUGCGGUGUGACCAGGGACGGCCACGUGCGUGUGCAGGGUCACUGCGCCGAGGCUCCGACCGAGGGACGUGUACGCAGUGUCUUCAGUACCGUGUGGAAAAGACGUUUUUAUUCUGAUCACAAUUAAUUUGAGAACUCUUUAAGUUCGUGUUAUACAAA